AUGGGAAACUGCCAUAUUCAAGAAAAGAAUAAAGAAGAAAUAGGUAAGAUUGAGGUGUUGCUAGAUAAAACUAGAAUUAGCAGAGGAGAUACAAUAACUGGCCGUUUAAAACUAUUUUUAAAGAAGGAAUAUCCUGGUAGGCAAAUUUCUGUUCGUGUUAGGGGAAUCGAAUCUAUUAAGAAAGGGAUAGAAUUCGCUGAAAAUGAGAUUUUUGGUGAUACUAUUUUGUUAGUUGCUGUAAACUAAAUGAAGGAGGGAGAACAUAAAUUCUUUUUCGAUUAUGUUGUUCCUGAUAAGUUGUAGUCUUAGUUUUCAAGCAGAGUAAUGUCUGAACAACCUUAAUUUGCAGUAAGCAUGGUUUAUCAAAUUAAAGGAAUACUAGAGCCAGUAGAGCUUUUAUAAGAUGAAUAUGAUAAAAUAGAAGGUUCUACUUAUUUUUCUCUAUUAGCAGAAGUUUAGUAGGAGGGAAUAAGUAGUAAUAGUACAGGAAAGCUGAAAAACGAGCAUGGAGAAUAUGGUAAUGUAGAAAUAGGAUUAAAAAGUAAUAAAGCUGCUUAUGAUAGUUGCGAGUCUGUUACUGUUGAUAUAAAUAUAAAUAAUACAGAUGUUACUAUUCCUUUAGAAACUCUGACGUUUAACCUAAUAAAAGAAAUAUAGUUUAAUGGAAAGACUAAAAACCAAUAUAUCAAGCAUGUUAGGAGGGAGUUUAAUGGUGAACCUGUAAAAGACAUAAUAUUAUCUUAAGAUAUAAAAUUUGAAAGAGGAGAAUUAGAUUAAGCCGCUACUAAAUCAGCUACAUUUGAGCUUCCUCCUAACCUAUAGCCCUCUUUCUAAGGAAAGUAAUUUUCUUGUAAAUAUUUUUUUGAACUAUAUGCUCAUUAUGUGAAAGGCCCUACUAAUUUUAUAGAUGCAAAAGCUCGUUUAAAAUUAAAUAUAAUUCCUGAAAAGAUGAGAAAUAUAGUUGAUCCUAGUAAAAAGAUAGCAAAAGCAAAUAAUAAUAGCAUGCAUAAAUCAAAAAUAAAAAGUGACUUUUAUUCUUCAUAGUUACCAUUUAAUUCUGCUAGAAAAGAAGAAGUAAUUAGCUCAAAACAGCUGGAUGAAACUGUCAACCACAAUCCUCUUUCUAAAUCUUAGUUUGCAUCUGUGAAUGACCAAAAAGAAAUAAAUAUACUUGUUUGA